AACACCUUCGCACCCUGGCAGGCAUCUGGGAGACUAAACAAGGAGCAGCCAUGGAGAAGAGUUACAUGUCCAUGUUCCUGCUGCUCAUUGCCAUCUCCUGUGCUCUGGCAAAGGAUGCGGCCAAGAAGGAGACGAAGGAGACAAAGGAGACUACUGCUAAACCAAAACUGCCUCAGACACUCUCCAGAGGCUGGGGAGACCAGCUCAUCUGGACGCAGACAUACGAGGAAGCCCUCUUCCGCUCCAAGCACAGCAACAAACCCCUGAUGAUUAUCCACCACUUGGAUGACUGCCCGCACAGCCAAGCACUCAAGAAGGCCUUUGCUGAAAAUAAAGAUGUACAGAAAUUGGCUGAGAAAUUCAUUCUCCUGAAUCUUGUGUAUGAAACCACAGACAAGAAUCUUGCACCUGAUGGCCAGUACGUCCCUCGGAUUUUGUUCAUAGAUCCUUCCCUGACUGUGAGAGCAGAUAUUACUGGAAGAUACUCAAACCGUCUGUACGCAUACGAGCCCACUGACAUUUCAUUGCUGCAUUCAAAUAUGCAGAAAGCACUCAAACUCCUGAAGACUGAACUGUAAGGGGAAGGAGGAAGCCCUGAAAUACUAUGAAGCCUGAUCUUCCAUCUCUUCUCCACUCAUUGAAACUGGUGAAGAGACUAUUUAGGGUGACAUUUAGUGAUGUAUAGUGCUGGUUUAUAUACAUAAACACUACAGUUUUACAUUAGCACUUUUGUACCGGGCAGCAUUUUUAAAAGCUGGAGGCUUUUAAUUUAAGGCGUACAGAAGAAUACUGUAUGAUCCACCUGUAAAAAUGAUUUUUUAAAAAAUAAAUCCAUUUCAAGUGUUUACAUACAAAA